AUGCCUGCAGAUCCCCUCCCAGACCCCGAUACAGUCCAAUACCCUUUAGUUGAUUCUCAACUUCUCUUAUCUGUUUCAGAGGAUUCUCAUAGUCCCGAGACGAGUAUCAAAACUCCAUAUGCUUUCUACGUGGAGCAGUUCAGUCUCUCCGGUGACCUGAAGACUGAGAACGAAGACGACCCGCCAAGAAAUCGUUUCUGUAUCUUCACCAGUGAGCUGUCUGGCGCAGAAGUAAUACCAAGUGCCUGUAACGUAGACAUUUCUGGGAAGGCAGGCGAUGAGGAUCACCCAGACGGCUACGAUGGAGGGGAUCUUCAGAUCUACGCGGAGCACAUUGAUCCUCCUGCUGUAGAGAAGCUUUUACUCUACAGUGAUGGGGGUGCCGGGCUCAACCGGGGUCCGGUGACUGACCAGGAGGUUGGCCCUGCUGGUGGAAACGGGGGGAAUGGAGGGAAGAUCACCGUCAUCGUGAGCAGCAUAUUUCAAGAGGUUUUCGAGGUCUCCGUUCAACUAUACGAGAAGCUGCAGGACAAGAAACUAGUUUGGCCCCGAGAUCUGCAGAGCGAUGCGGCCCUCCUUGUAUCGCUCGUCAAUCAGAAGGAGAUCGAACAGGCAGUGAAACUUCCUGAUUCAGUGAAGACAAAGGAAUCCAUGCUCAAAACCUCAAGGGAUAUGAUGCAGACUGAUAUUUUCAAACUAUUCAUCAACCUGCAAGCGGCCCGCGACAAUCAGACGGGUAACAUUCAGCAACAUAUGUCUGUGCAUGGUGGCUCAUACGGCACCGGAGGCAUGGGGACGAAAUCGCGUGGGCCGUCUGGCGCCCCUGGGAAGGUCGAAGUACUCCCAAGGGUGUAUCGUCUGGAUGAAAAAGACAAAGUUCUCAAUGGUGAUGUGUGUUUUGCACAUCCUACACAAUGCCGAAUGCUACUUGACAUGGGAAACCUUCUCUGGUUUUGUGGGUCGGAAGAGGACAAGGCUAGAGCCUCUAUUAUUUUUAAUCGGCUUGCAAGAAGACUAGCAUUCUUGGGCGUGUCCGAGGAGGAAGCAAACAUCUCUCAAACAAAGCUUGCACAGGCAUACAGAGAUGCCGAGCCUUCUCUGUAUAUACUCAGCAAUGGAGAAACCACGCAAGAGCCUAUAUCUUUCAAUCUCCUCCGUGGAAUCAAGAAUGAAGCCGAAGCCAACCAGAUCAGUCUGCUAUCUGGAAACAACACCUAUGGUGAAAGCCAGGAAGACGUUCCUAGAGGCUCAUUCAAGUUCUACGAAGGCGCAACCCGCCCCAUGAUAGAAACGCUGGAGAAAGCCGAGAAUACUUACCUCACCUUUCUACGAGGGGAGAUGGAUGCCCAGCAAAAGAAGGAGGCCAUUCGGGACCGACAGAGAGAUUGCACAUUCCGCAAAAGCCUAGUCGACGAUCAAAUCAAGGAAGAGAGAAACGACCUCACUGAUAAUUUUGACAGAAUACAGGUUUCUAACCAGUCUAUCAAACCGGCAAAGGAAAGUCUCUUGAGAGAGUUUAAGAUGGUGGAAGAUAAAAUCAAUCUUCCUACCAGUGUCUCGUUUGAGGACCUGAUGUCUGCUCUUUCCCAGAUCAUCUCUGUGAACGGAUCUGCACCCAUGGUCAUUCUCCAAGGGGCAAAUCUUGCAAAUAAAUCGCUAACGAAGCUCGAGUCAGACAGUGGCGUCAAGGUUGACCGAAGCCAUCUGUUGAGGGAAGUCAAGGACAUGAGUGGAACUAUCGACGGACUUGGCGAAGGGUUCAAGAUUCUUAAGGAUGGUGGUGUCGACUUUGAUGAUCCAGGGGCAACCAAGCUAUGUGUCAUUGCAGCAGAGAUGGAAGAGCUUCUGGGUGAAUUCCACAACGUUCUUGGGGAUGAUACGGUAAAUGAAGUCAAGAAAAGAUUUGACGAUUACAUUGUCUUCUUAGAAAUUGUUCAACAACGCAAUUCAGCGGUAAUGGGAUAUACAAAAGCCGUGACCUUGCUGAUCAAAUGCCAAACCGAACUCGACUCGCUCACCGCUGAGCAGAGCGACAUCAGUCGCAAGCAGUAUGACGAAUUAGGUGCGGAUCAUCCAACAAUGACAGCAUUUAUGAAGAAGUUAUACACCGACAGUAUACAUACAACCCAAAACUGGCUGCACAAGAUGCAAUUGGCAUAUCAGUUCAUUGCCCUCGACAAGGAAAACUACAUCGGUAAGGCAAUGGAGGGCUUUAAAUUUUCUCAAUUCAAUGCCUCAACACUGGAAAAUGUGUACAGCAAACUGUCCACUCAAUACAGUUUGUAUAAGGAAACUAUGGGACAAAAUCCCCAGACGUACAAGGAGCUGCCCUACAAUAUCCCCGAUCGCUAUGUCCAGUCUAUCAAAAUGGGAGGAAGAGAUGGUGUUGCUCGUACAAUUCCAAUCCCAGUUCUUCCACCCAUAGGGACUCCCAACCCUUUUGAUGGUAUGAUCGACAUUCGUCUACUCAAGGUCCGUGUGUUUCUGUUAGGUGCAAAGACCCACAAGGGGUAUCUCGAUAUCACAAUCAAACACCAGGGAACGGAGACAAUCUUGAACAGGGAUCACAUUAAAUUCGAAUUCCAGCAUGCCCCUCUGUUUGUCAGGUUCAAGUAUAACAUGAAGAAUCCUCAUUAUCCGGACCACGAUACUGUAGAUGGGGAUAUCGGCUCGGCAACUGACGAGACGUAUUCCAAGGUUGGUCCGUUCACCAACUGGACCAUCCAAAUUCUACCAGAACAUAAUCCGGGGCUGGAUCUUUCGGAAGUCACUGCUGCUAGGUUUGAGUUUUGCUUCAAUUUCUAUGCAACAGCUUAG